UGUUAUGCAAGUUAGGUUAUUACUUGGUUAAACUUGUAUAAAUAAACCCAUGCGCUCAGUCUUUGUUUAUCAACCACUAAAGAUGCAUAGAAGUGCUGUACAAAUUUUGGUGUCCUUGGCUGAUUUUCUGUUUUCUCACCAUGGAGGAUAAUGUAUUAAUGUCAAAUGCAACAGUGGCCAAGAAAACAAGAAGUAGUCGAGGUCGUCAACGAAUUGAAAUCAAGAAACUGGAAGACGAAAGCAAACGUCAAGUCACUUUCUCCAAACGUAGAAGAGGGUUGUUCAAUAAAGCUAAAGAGCUUUCCACAUUGUGCGGGGUAGAAGUUGGUAUCCUCACGUUACCAAAAUCUGGAAGAGUAUACACCAAUGAUAAUGUGAAAGCAGUUCUUGAUCGAUAUCUAGUCAAGUCAUCUGGUCAGGGUAAUUAUUCAUGGAUAAAGCAGAAAGAAGUUAAAGAAGAUAUUAGUGGUGGGUUUUGGUUGUAUCAGUCGAUUGAGAACAUGGGUCUGGUGGAACUGCUGGAAUAUGCGAUGGCGCUUUAA